AUGGCGGCCGCACUCGGAAUACAAGGUAAUGCGGGCAACUCAGCCUUCAAGGACAAGGAGAAGCCUAUGGCAGUCCGUACCGCUAAUAUCAUGGCCGCCAGGGCUGUUGCCGACGCAAUUCGAACCUCGUUAGGCCCCAGAGGCAUGGACAAAAUGAUACAGACUGGCAAGGGGGAGACAAUCAUAACAAACGACGGGAAUACCAUGCUGAAGAGUAUGAGCGUGAUGCAUCCCGCUGCAAAGAUGCUAGUCGACCUCAGCGCAGCGCAAGACGUGGAAGCUGGGGACGGAACAACAUCUGUGGUGGUCAUUGCAGGCAGCUUGCUUGGAGCCGCGGAUCGCUUGCUCUCCAAAGGUAUACAUCCAACAAUCAUUUCCGAGUCUUUUCAAAGAGCAGCACGUGCCGCCGUCGAGACGCUUCACCAGAUGUCGCACCCUAUUUCACUUUCAGAUCGAACCACUCUUCUACAAGCCGCAUCCACCUCGCUCUCCUCCAAAAUUGUAUCACAACACUCUGGAUUGCUCGCACCAAUUGCUGUCGACUCUGUACUUAAAACAAUCGACCAGAGGACAGCAGAAAAUGUUGAUCUACGAAACAUCCGAAUCAUCAAAAAAGUUGGCGGCACCAUUGAAGAUUCAGAGAUGAUCGACGGUCUUGUCCUCAACCAGCAAGUCAUUAAGAGCGGUGGUGGCCCUACCAGAGUCGAGAAGGCGCGGAUAGGUCUCAUACAGUUCCAGCUUAGUCCUCCGAAGCCCGAUAUGGAGAAUCAAAUAGUCGUGAAUGACUACCGACAGAUGGACAAGAUCCUGAAAGAAGAGCGCACUUACCUACUGAACAUGGUCAAGAAGAUCCAGAAGGCAAAAUGUAACGUUCUGUUAAUCCAGAAAUCCAUCCUUCGCGAUGCUGUCAACGAUCUCUCUCUCCACUUCCUCUCCCGACUCAAGAUCAUGGCCAUCAAAGACAUCGAACGUGACGAGGUAGAAUUUAUCUGCAGAAGUACAGGCUGCAAACCAAUCGCCAACAUCGACUCCUUUUCCGAAGACAAGCUCGGGAGCGCCGACCUUAUUGAAGAGGUCCAAUCUUCCGGCUCACGAUACGUGAAAGUAACCGGCAUCCGAACUGCCUCCACACAAAACCAGACAGUCUCGAUAGUAGCCCGAGGCGCCAAUUCCCUUAUCCUUGAUGAAGCAGAACGCUCCCUCCACGAUGCCCUCUGCGUGGUGCGUUGUCUUGUCAAAAAGAAAGCCCUCAUAGCCGGUGGUGGUGCUCCGGAGAUAGAAGUUGCAAACGCCCUCGCGAAGACCGCCCGAACACUAACCGGCACCGAAGCAAUCUGCUGGAAAGCCUUCGCCGACGCGAUGGAGGUCAUUCCCACCACUCUGGCAGAGAAUGCAGGUCUGAACAGCAUCAGGUUCGUCACGGAUUUGAGACAUCGACAUGAUCUGGGGGAGAAGAAUGCAGGUGUGAGUAUAAGAAGUGGGGGUGUCAAGGGGAAUAUUGCGGAUGAGAAGGUGUUGCAGCCGUUGCUUGUGAGCACCAGUGCGAUUGAGCUGGCUGCCGAGACCGUCAAAGUCAUUCUACGGAUAGACGACAUAGCUUUAUCGAGGUAG